AUGGUCUCCCUAUCCCUCCCCGCCCCGCUGGCCGCGCUCUGGUCCUUCCGCCCCAUCUUCAACAUCCUCGGCUACCUCCUCCUCCUCGGCACCUGUCUCCUCAUCACCUUCUCCCGCAGCCUCGGCGCAUUGCCGUACACGAAAGCCGCGUGGAUCUACACACCGAUCGCCAUCACCGCGCUGUACAUCACCUGGUCGGACAUCUUCCGGUUCCUGCACGACGACUACGUUGAUUUCACUGACCGCAGCGGGCCAUAUGCGUCCAUCCCCGCUAAUGGGAGGAAUGAUAUCGAGGCGUACCUGCAAGUCAGCGAUUGGUUUGAUGCGGCGUACGCGGCGGUUGCGGAGGACCCGAGCCGGUGGUGGUUUAGCUCGCAGCUGUUGAAUACUGCGAGUGUGAUUGUGGCGCUGGUGUGGGCGGAGGGCGCGCAUCACUGGGCGAAGAGUAGCGUGAGGAAGGGCGGGCCGGCGUUCUUUGCGGGGAUGGCGAGCGCGAUGGCGUAUGUGUUGACGGGACUGUUGGGAGCUAUGAGUGUGGCGUUUGCGCUGUUUUUGGUGCAGCGGAGGGUUGCUGAGAAAAACCUCGCACUACGCUCAUACCCCCGCGUCACGAUCACCAUCUUCAUUCUAUUAGCUGUCUUCGUCGCCGGAGUCACAUACACCCCCUACGCCUUGACCAGCAACUACACCAUCUUCUCCUGGACCCUCAUCAUAAUUCACGGUGCCCUCCUGCUCCCCAUCCUCGGUGGGGCAGGGCCUGGCCUCAUCUACCAUCCGCGAGCCCCUCGCGCCAAAAAGACCGGCAUCACCACCUCCUCCACAUCCCCAAAAGCCAUGUCAGCCCUCUACCUGUUCCUCGCCAUCUCCAACCUCGCCUCACACGCCGUCGCCUCACGCAACCUCGAUUGGCACCGCGCGAUUGGGAUCGACCUCGCGGACGCCAUCGCCUCGCACCCGUGCCAGAAAAGUAUCACCGCCGAUCUCGUGUUUUGUACCCUCACCGCGUCGUUCUUCAUCGUUGCCGAGCUCGUUACGGCUGUGAGGAGGGGUGUUGUUAGGGCGUGGGUUGCUGUGAUUGUUGGAACAGUUGUGCUGGCGGUGACGGUGUUUCCGUUGGGGGUAUCGGUGACGUUGCCAGCCUUCUUGGCGUGGAGGGAGACGAAGCUGAGGCAGGGAUUGUUGGAGCCCAGUGUUGUCGUCGUGGAGGAGGCGAGUCGUGUCAAGAAGAGAGCGUAG